AUGUCUCAAACUAUGACAGCCCCUCUUUCAAAGACCACCAGGAUCGUGGGAGAGCGAUCUUUGGACAUCGCCGACCUUGAGAUAAUCAAAUUGGAAAGACUUGCUGCAAAAGACCCAGCAGAGACGGCGAAACUUUUGAAGGCCGCCGAGACCGAGGGGUUUUUCUAUCUCACUUUUGACGACGAACUCGCCGCGAAGAUCUCAAGCUACCUUCAAAUUUGUUACCAAGAUAGCCAUGAGUACUUCGCCAAGCCUGAGGAGGAGAAGAUGAAGGCGUUCAGAGAGGAUGUGGAUCGCGGUUACAAACGCAAAGGGAUUGAAUCAUUCGAGAUCGCUCGAGACGAACACGCCAACAUCACUUUACCAAGCCCCUUCGCAGAGCACACAAACGAAAUCCUCGAUCUUGCCAAUAUCUGCGACAACUUGGUUAACGCCUGCCUCCGCAGUCUCUCUGAUAGCCUUGGUCUUGAUCUGGAAGAGGCUCAUCGCCCUAAUGCCCCGAGCGAUACAGGAAUUAAGUUCGUCUCUGGUCCAACCCAGGCGAACCUUGCUGAUGUACCCGACACCACCCACACGGAUGGCGGUUCAAUCACCUUGCUCUGGUGUGAGAAAUGGGCCAGUCAAAUGCAGACCCGAGAGACGAAAGAAUGGCUAUGGAUUGAUCCUAAACCCGACUGUGUUGUGGUCAACCUUGCAAAUUAUCUACAAAACCGGACCGGUGGUCGCCUGCACUCCCCAGUCCAUCGCGUAACUCAGGUUACUGAUGGUGUAGAGGACCGAUACUUUGUGUCUUAUUUCUUGAGACCGUCGCACCAGUUCUAG